ACCUCCUGUGCUGCGACCACUGCCCUGCGGCCUUCCACCUCCAGUGCUGCAACCCUCCGUUGAGCGAAGAAAUGCUGCCACCUGGGGAAUGGAUGUGUCAUCGUUGUAAUGUUCGAAAAAAGAAGCGGGAGCAGAAGUCCGACCAGACCAACGGCCUGCCGGACAAGCUGGUGUCGAAGCGUGCAGCGUCGCCGGCCGUGGAGCUGGAGCUCAACCCCGGCGCCCUGCGUCUGGACGGCCUGCCGCCCGGGGCCGGCGCCGCGGGGCCCGGCCUGAGGGUGGCCCAGGUCCGCCUGCUGGACCGCCGGAGCAGCAGCAGACCCAGCAGUCGUCCAGGCACGCCCACCUCAAACAGUUCGUCCACGCCCACGCCGUCUGAGGACCAGAACGACGGCGAGGAGGAGGCGGAGGCCGAGGAGGAGGCGCUGGGCUCAGAGCUGGAGGGCUCCUCCAAUCUGGCCCCGGCACCGCGCCUCCUGAAGACCCUUCCAGCUGCUGAUCGCUGCUGCCAUGGAGAGGAACCCCACGCAGUUCCAACUGCCUAAUGAGCUGACCUGCACCACCGCACUUCCAGGUAGCAGCAAAAGGAGGAAAAAAGAGGAACUGCUUGGCAGGCCGUUCAGGAGGCCACAGCAUGAGCUGGACUCCAACGGCCUUGUCCCUCUACCGGUCAAAGUCUGCUUCUCCUGUGGAAGGUUUGUGUUUCAACUCUUUAGUCAGACUUGGGGGACAUUCUCAUUACCUGACCUAAUAAGAUACAUCAUAACUAGACAUGUUGCAGCAUUUUUCAAACGAAUAUCUGAAUAUUCAGUGAAGAAAAAGUCCAUUAUUAUAGGGCUUGGUAUUGCCAGGUACCUCACAAUUCAAUUUGAUUCUUUAGGUCUUUAUUCGAUUCGAUUUCGAUAAUUCGAUAUAAUCCAAUUGCUUCGAUAUCGAUUCAAUAAUGCGUGCGGAUGACAAAAACAGCUAAAUAUUAUUUAGAAUUAACCAUUUCAUAAUGAAUUAACCAUUUCAUUGUGCUUUAACUGGCAAAAAGGAAUACACCAUUGUAUAGUAUUGUUCCUGAGCUAAACUUGCAGCAUAAAAGUAA